AGUCCAAUUCAAACACACACUUCCACUUAAAUACGUUCUGUAGUAUAGUUCAACUAUUGGUGCAUUGGUUAGAAUUUGAAAAAAAAUCAUGAUUCAUGAACAAAUCUACAGUGAAACUACUGUAUAUUAAUAUUUAUGAUGUAUGAAUUCAGAAGACAUGGCGGAUAAGGAGAAGAAGAAGAAGAAGAAGGUAAAGGAAGAGGCACCAGCUGAUGCGGCGCCCGCCGCCCCUGAACCCGCCCCCGCCCCCGUAGAGGAGGCUCCCGCCCCCGUCAAGAGGCCGAGCUCCAAGGGAUCCAAGAAGGCUGUCAAGCGAUCUGGCAGCAAUGUCUUUUCCAUGUUCUCACAGGGACAGAUCGCCGAGUUCAAGGAAGGCUUCUCUGUGAUGGACUUUGACAAGGACGGCAUCCUGGGCAAGAACGACCUUCGCCAGACCUUUGACAAGAUCGGCAAAAUCGCCAACGACAAGGAGUUGGACGACAUGCUUGCCGAGGCGCCCGGUCCAAUCAACUUCACGCAGCUGUUGACCCUCUUCGCCGCCAGAAUGCAGCAGUCUGGAGGUUCUGAUGAGGACGAAGUCAUCAUUGCCGCUUUCAAGACCUUUGACAAGGACGGUGUCAUUGAUGGAAACAACCUGAGGCACGCCCUGAUGACCUGGGGAGACAAGUUCACCAAGAAGGAAGUCGAUGAGGCUUUCGACAACAUGGUGAUUGACAAGAAGGGUAUGAUUGACACCGAAUCCCUCAUCCAGAUGCUCAUUGGUGGAGGUGACGAUGAGGAAUAGAUCAAUCACCAAUCAUCGCUUCCAUCCCAAUCUCGUCCUGCCAUCCAGACGAGUCAACAACUCAACAUCAUUCUUAUAUCUAUAAUCAUAACAUCUAUAUCACAGUUGAAAGUAAUAACUAUUCCUAAACCUACUAUACAUCUUAUUUAUUGUUAUCAUUAUUUAACUAGAUGAUUGCAUCUCUAGAGACCAGCAACAUUUCCAUCUUUGUAACUUGAAAGAAUAAUAUUUUAGAUCAUUUUUAUUUCUCGAGUUUUUUUCACUGUGACCAAGCAAUAAAGACGUAACAACUUCUUUAGUUA